GCAUGCAGUUGAGAUACUCAUAGAUAUACAUAAGAAGAGAUAUGUUGAUUGGAAGCAUCGUGGGAGCUAUCUCUGAGCUGAGGCAUGGAGGGAAGAAGAUCCAUGGAACUGUGGUUUUGAUGCGAAGCAAUGUUUUGGAUUUCAAUGAUUUUGGUUCAUCUCUUCUCGAUAAUCUUCACGAGAUUUUAGGGGGCGGUGUUUCUCUUCGCCUCGUUAGUGCUGAUCAUGGCGAUCCUUCUAAAAAUUUUCAAGGGAAAGUUGGAGAGGAAGCUUACUUGGAGAAUUGGAUUGCCAAUACAAUAAUCCCAAUAUUUGCAGGAGAAACAGCCUUCAGUGUUACAUUUGAUUGGGAUGAAGAACUUGGAGUUCCAGGAGCUUUCUUUAUCAGAAAUGAACAUUUUAGUGAAUUCUUUCUCAAAUCCGUCACGCUCGAGGACGUUCCCGGCCAUGGACGACUCCAUUUCGACUGCAAUUCUUGGGUUUAUCCCGCUAAAAAUUAUAAAACCGAUCGUAUUUUUUUCGCCAACCAGGCAUACCUUCCUAAUGAAACACCGGAGCCACUUCGUAAAUAUAGGGCAGAUGAAUUAUCGAACCUUAGAGGAAAUGGAAAAGGAGAGCGGAAGGAAUGGGAUAGAAUCUACGACUAUGAUGUCUACAAUGAUAUUGGUGACCCAGAUAGCAAUUUGGACCUGGGUCGUCCGGUUCUCGGAGGGUCAACUAAAUAUCCUUACCCUCGUAGAGGGAGAACGGGUAGACCACCUUCUAAGAAAGAUCCCAAAAGUGAAAGUAGAUUACCGGACUCGAGUAAACCUACGGAUGUAUAUGUUCCGAGAGAUGAAAGAUUUGGUCAUUUGAAGAUGUCGGAUUUUCUUGCUUAUGGCUUAAAAUCUAUUUCUCGAUCGAUAAAACCUAAACUGGAGGAUCUAUUUGACACGACGCCCGGGGAAUUUGACGACUUUAAUGAUGUGUUUGCCCUGUUUGAAAAGGGGUUGCCAGUCCCAAGAUCUUUGCUUGAGGGUAUCACUGAGAACAUUCCAGCUCCAUUGCUCAAAGAAAUCUUUAGAACAGAUGGUGAACGAUUUCUUAGGUUCCCAACUCCUCAGCUAAUUCAUGAGGAUAAAUCUGCAUGGAGAACGGACGAAGAAUUUGCGAGAGAAAUGUUGGCCGGAGUCAACCCCGUAGUCAUUAGCCGUCUUCAAGAAUUUCCACCUCCAAGCAAUCUAGACCGUACAAUUUAUGGUGAUCAAACAAGCAAAAUAACCGAAGAACACAUCAAAGGUGGCUUAGAUGGACUAAGAGUGGACGAGGCAGUGGAGAAGAAGAAGCUAUACAUUUUGAACCACCAUGACCCAUUGAUUCCAUAUCUUAGAAGAAUCAAUGGAACUUCCACCAAGACUUACGCUACAAGAACACUUCUGUUCUUGAAAAAUGAUGGGACUUUGAAGCCAUUGGCUAUUGAAUUGAGCUUGCCGCACCCUCAAGGAGACCAAUUUGGUGCCAUUAGUAGGGUUGUGGUACCUGCUGUGGAGGGAGUUGAGGGCUCCAUUUGGCUGCUGGCUAAGGCUUAUGUUGCUGUUAAUGAUACUGGCUUCCAUCAACUCAUUAGUCAUUGGCUGAAUACUCAUGCAACAAUCGAGCCAUUUGUGAUCGCGACAAACAGACAAUUAAGCGUUAUUCAUCCAAUCCAUAAGUUGCUCGUUCCUCACUUCCGGGACACCAUGAACAUCAACGCUCUUGCUAGACAAUCCCUCAUUAAUGCUGAUGGUAUCAUCGAGACAACUCAUUAUCCCGCUAAGUACUCCAUGGAGAUGUCUUCCUUUGUUUACAAGAGUUGGGUCUUCCCCGACCAAGCUCUCCCUGUCGAUCUAAUCAAGAGAGGAGUUGCAAUGGAGGAUCCAAGCGCCCCACAUGGACUUCGGCUCCUCAUAGAGGAUUAUCCAUAUGCCGUCGACGGUCUCGAGAUUUGGUCAGCCAUCAAAACAUGGGUAACAGAUUACUGCUCGUUCUACUACAAGAACGACGAAACACUCCGUAACGACACCGAGCUCCAAUCAUGGUGGAAGGAGCUUCGAGAGAGAGGGCACGGCGAUAAGAAAGACGAACCAUGGUGGCCAAAGAUGCAAUCCAUUCAAGACCUAAUAGAAAGUUGUACAAUCAUCAUAUGGAUCUCUUCAGCUCUUCAUGCAGCAGUUAACUUCGGACAAUACCCUUACGGGGGUUUCUCUCCGAACCGACCAUCGACGAGUCGUCGACUGCUACCGGAAGAGGGCACACGUGAAUACAAAGAGCUGGAGUCGAACCCCGAGAAGGCGUUGUUGAGAACGAUAACUUCACAGUUGCAGGCUCUUGUGGGAGUGUCAGUUAUAGAGAUAUUGUCAAGGCAUUCUUCUGAUGAGGUGUAUUUGGGACAGAGAAGUAACCCUGAAUGGACUUUGGACAAGGAGGCUUUGGAGGCUUUUGAGAGGUUUGGGGAGAGGUUAGGGGAAAUUGAAGGGAGGAUUGGUGGGAGAAAUAAGGAUCCAGAGCUGAAGAACCGAGUAGGGCCUGUGGAGAUGCCUUAUACUCUGCUGUUUCCUACUAGCUCCGAAGGGCUCACUGGGAGAGGGAUUCCUAAUAGCAUUUCCAUUUGAAUGGAAGCUUGCUUUGAUUUCAGCUCAUGGAGUGACUAAUAAGCAAUGCAAGUGAUGCCAUUUAUGCAU